GGACGGCUUGGAGCUUCCAUAUAUGGGCAUGCCAUCAGCUCGCUUCUCUUAUUGGCUGCUGGCGCUGUGCAGCUGCCUGUCAACAAGAUGGCCUUCAAUUGCUUUUUAAACACAACGAAAGUGCACUAGUUUUAAUACGACGUCAGUGUUUUUAUAAAGAUCUACAAGUACAGAACUGUAGUGAGUUAAAGCGCGAUAUCGUGUAGCUGUGGAGGAGAGAGAGGCUUCACUGCAGCUAUGCUAUAGGUCACAGGCUAAUGCUGAGGUAACAGACCUCUGACACGGCCUGCUUUUGGGCUCUUUUUAAUGGACGUUUUUACAGAUAUUUUUAGUCGACGUUAGGUUGUUGUUGUCAUUGUUGUGGGAGAAACUGCUGGUCGGAGCCCAAACACGCUGUCUGUGAGGCUAAAGCUGUGCUAGCUUCAGCUCUUCCACACGAACACGAUGAUAAAAGUAUUAUCGAAAAUAUAAAAACUUUUGAUGGAGACUUCAGACCAUGAACAACGACAAUGAGUGGUGAACGAAAAAACUGCCCAGCGUAGUGGCAGAUAUGCUCUCCAAGGGCUCAUGAUGAACCGCGACACCUUUUCCCACAUCCGGCUGUGGUGCCCGCGUCCGUUUGGCACCUACUCACAAAACAAGCCUUUCGGUAAUGGCACAAUUGGCGGUGGGACAUCUGCUCUUUGUAAAGCCGACACCGCCGGCUGUCCAUCCAUAGAUGAUGGUGGAGUUGCUGAGGAGAAUACUGAGGAUGUGGGCACCGAGAACACCCCUCCUGCCCCAUCGUCCAACCUCCGGGCGCCCACACCCCCUGCACCACCCUCGACUUCUACACAAAUGGAAGAUGGCAGGGUGUUGCUGGAUACAUGGUAUGUCAUUAAACCAGGCAAUACCAAAGAGAAAAUUGCCUUUUUCGUGGCUCACCAGUGUACAGGUGCAGGCAUUCCGAGACCUAGUGCCAUGAAGGUGAAGGGAAACUGGGGCACAGACUGUACAAAGGCUAAGCGUCGUCGCCGCUGCUCUUCAUACGACCCUUCUACAAGAGCUCAGAAUGUGACAUCAGAGCUACUGUCAGAGCCCAGCUGCCUGGAGGACAGUGUUGGUGUGAACGAGACCGACCUGCUAUCUGUAGCAGAGAUGGUGGCCCUUGUUGAGCAGCGCACAGCUAUGGCCUUGCAAGGCAUGGCAGCUCAAGGACAAAUGACCUCAAGCAACCAGCAGCAUACAGUUCUCCAAAAUUCUAUUUCAGAUUCUCCACCUGUUGUAUUCCUUUCAGAAUCUUCUCCUCCUUCCCCAAUCUCGAAAAGUGACUUUGAACGGCAGCAACAGCAGGAAUCCAGGCGUGUUGCUCAGGCAGUAGCACGCUUUGAGUCUCAGCAGCAAAGUCUUGAGAGUACGAUAUUGCGGCCUCAGAUACACGACUCCGGUAAAGACCGGGAUUGUGUCGGUGAGACCGGGGCAAACGGCCAAAACCAUGGUCGAGGGGAAGUUAGGAUUGCGUUUCGAGUGUCUAGUUUGGAUCCCCGGUCCCAGUCUGAGCCUGAAGGUCGCCCCAGGUGCAUGUUUAUGAGUUGUGGGACUGGAGCAGGGCAGGCAGCAACCAGGGCCAAAGAAAAGAUCACGUGUGACCUUUACCAGCUGGUUAGCCCUUCAUCUCGAGACUCCACUGUUCUGGCUAGCUCAUCAAAAUCAGAUGCCACAGGAGAAGACAUCACUGAGCGGUCUCCCUCCACAACUACAGACCAUACCCCAGACCAUUGCACGGGAGAGAAAAAGGCUGUGUCUCGUGAGCGAGUGACUGGCUUCCAUGUCGAAGUUGUUGUCACAGGAGCUGUGGACCAGUGUGUCUUCUACGGUAAGGACAGCACAGAGAAUGUCCAAGAAGAGACUGUUUGCAUAGCUAUGCCCAGUGGGACUAACCGAGCUGAUGUUUUAGAAGAGCCUCCACCUGGCCAGCUUUUCUUUCUCCAAAGCCCAUCUGCUGAAGAUGAAAGUGAUUCGGUGAUCUCCAGUGGAAUUUGCCCUUUGGAUCGUGCAAAUAAAAAUGGCUCUGUGGGGAAUGCUGUAGAGAGACCUGCCAGCCCGAUUGGCAGCGUGGAGGACUGCACUGAUAAAUCUCUCUGCCGACUCUACCGUCAUGUUUCUCACGAUUUUCUGGAGAUCCGUUUCCAGAUCCAGCGGCUUCUGGAGCCACGGCAGUAUAUGCUCAUGCUUCCUGACCACAUCAUGGUGAACAUAUUCAGCUACUUACCCACCCGCUCUCUCGCAGCCUUGAAGUGCACCUGCCAUGACUUUAAGGCCCUAAUUGAGACCUAUGGUGUGUGUGCCACAGACUCUCGCUGGAACCAGGACCCUCUGUAUCGCGAUGACCCCUGCAAGCAGUGCAAGCGGCAGUACGAGCGGGGGGACGUCUCGCUUUGCCGCUGGCACCCCAAACCUUAUCACCACGACCUGCCUUAUGGACGCUCGUACUGGAUGUGCUGCCGGCGCACGGACAAGGACACACCUGGCUGUAGAGUUGGACUGCAUGACAACAACUGGGUCCAACCAUGUGACAUGGUUCAGGCCCGCUCCAAAAGAGACGAUGGGAGGUAAAGACAGUAGUAGGAUGUUUCUGGGUUCCUUUCUUACUCUCAUGCUGUCUAAAUCUCACGACAGUGUAAUAUUUAUGGUUGAGCCUCCCUCCCCACCUCAGCUUGUUAACCCUGCUAUCGUGUCAGUAUCGGUUCUUAGCAGCACAGCAUACUUCUUAUGGCCGUAAUAUGCUGAGUGUGAAUAUCAGCGCUGAUUAACUGAGGUUAAUGUCUGCUGCAUGGGACUAAAUCUUUACACGUAUUUGUAAAUUGGUUAGAAAUUCUUUCUGGCUUAGCUUAAAACCAACACUGAAGCCAAACCCAACCUCGCUAAACCUGCAGGUUAAGCACUGGCUUGUCUUGCAAAAGUCAUUAAAUGUAUUAUGGUUGGAUGUCAUGUUUUCUUUACUGACCCUGGGGCAAAAAUGAUGUCACUUUACAAAUACCUGAUGUCACUUUGUAAUCAACAGUUCUACUGCUUGUGUGUGUGAAUGAGUGAACUGUGUUUCUUCUUUCCUUUUUUUGGUUUCAAUAUUUGCAAAAAUAAGAUCGAUUAUAGAAAUGCGUAUUUCUCGUUCAUCUAUUUUUCUGUCGUGCACCAGCACCAUUGCUAAAAACCCGUCUUUGCUUUCUGUUGGUGAAAAAGACAUCAGGUUCCACAGCCUUAAGCCCGUUCCAUCUGCUCACUCCAUCCACAAUCUUUCAAACAGAAUCAAAUGUUGAGGCCGAAGCCCUCUGGUUUGAGAGACCGUUGUAGGUUUCGCAGUCAGCGUAUGUUCUAGGGACUUUUUGCCUCGAAAGUAAAUAAAAGUUAUUUAAAACUGG